GUGUAAUUCGUCAAGAGGUGUACAGAUAUCAUAAGAUCGAACGUCGUCCUUGAUAUUUGUAUUAAUAGUAUUGCGUGAUAUGUCUUAUCGUCAACGAUUUUAAUGGGGCGCAUAUCGGGUUCUAAAGCUCCCAGCCAUUGAGGCUUGUUUCCGACAAUUUUUAUUAUGUGGCCACAUAUAAUGGCGUGAAACUUCGUGACAAAACGUUCCGAUUACGAUUUAGCAGUGACGAGACGUGUUAGCCAUAGUUAUAAUACACCGAAUCACGACAUUAGGUCAGGAAACAUGCCAGAAUUGACGGAGCUUGACAAGGCGGCGAGCUCGGAACCUACGAAGGUGGAGUUGGUAGGUAUCGGUUCUGCUACUGACUCUGACUCGGACGAUACUAUACCGGAAUUAGAAGAUGCUGGCACUCCGGGUACCGUCGGUUUUCCUGGCACAACGGUCACUGGACUUCCCAUUGAUAUGGUGUCCAAGGCCAAGCAAAGCCGUGGGGAAAAGAAAGCUAGGAAGCUCAUGAGCAAAUUAGGAUUAAAGCCGGUUCAAGGAGUCAAUAGAGUAACUAUUCGUAAAUCAAAGAAUAUUCUGUUUGUUAUAAACAAGCCAGAUGUUUUGAAGAAUCCAGCUUCAGAUACUUAUAUAGUAUUUGGUGAAGCUAAGAUUGAAGAUCUCAGUCAACAAGCUCAAGUAGCAGCAGCAGAGAAAUUCAAAGAACCACCAGUUAUACCAGCAACUGAAGCUGGUGGCAGCACUACGGUUGUUGCUCCUAUACAAGAAGAAUCAGAAGAAGAGGUAGAUGAAACAGGCGUGGAAGAAAAAGAUGUUGAUUUGGUUAUGUGUCAAGCUAAUGUAUCACGAGGGAAAGCUAUUAAAGCUCUUAAAAAUAAUCAGAAUGACAUCGUCAAUGCUAUUAUGGAAUUGACAAUGUGAUAGAGCUGCUUACAAAUAGAAUAUGUGCUGACCGUUCCGAGAUUGUAAUUUCAUUUUACGUACCAUCAGAAAGCGUCGUUCUUUUUUAUUUCAUUGG